AUGAAUGUUUACAUUACUAGCGUUAUGGCCGACCAGAUGCAAACAAUACAAGUUUUUAUAAACAAUUUACAAAAUGAUGCUAGACCUAAUGAAACCCAUCGCGAAAUAGCACAGAAAAUCAAGAAUGGUGAAUACAAACUUCUGCGGAAGAAUCAACGAAGCACCGUUUGGAAGGUUUACCGCGAGAUUAUUGCAUCCGAUGGCAAGCCGCUUAGAACGGUAUUCUUUUGCACCGGAUGCAACCGCUUACUGAAAUCGAGCAGUGGCAACACAUCAAAUCUCCGCAUCCACAAAUGUCACGUAGAUUAUAUGAGACAGCUUUACAAUGAAAGAAAUGGUGGAAACGUCUUGGAGGACGAACAGGAUGCCAAUGAUUAUCAGCUGGAGUAUACGCAAGAAGAGUUGAGGCAGCGCAGUUAUCGCAGAAACAAUCCCACCCGACACGAAUGGUGUGCCAAUGGCACCAAAAUGCUUCUGCAGCUGUGGGCGACUUACACAAAUGACUUGAGAGGCAAGCGCAAGAACAGCCACGUUCACAGAGAAAUGGCCCAUAAAAUGAAGCAUUUCGGAGCAACUGCAACCGAAGUCAAAGCCAAAAUGGACAAUAUGACCAAAAAAUAUCGCAAAGAGGCGAAAGAUGUUAAAUUGCUUGGAAGACCGUCUAGAUGGGAGCAUUUCUAUAGACUGCAGUCGCUGCUAAUGGGCACCAAAGCCGUGGAUCUAAAUAAUGAUUUGACGUUCGAUUGCUCAGAUGACGACACCCAAGCAAUGGAGAGUGAAAACGAAGAUGAAACGAAUGCUGAAGAGGACAAUUCUCAAGACGGGGAACAAGAGGAUGUCCCAGAUAACAUGACAGAGGAAAUAGAAGUCCUUGCUGUUCGACCGCCUCUGAGGAAGUACGCAGAGCCGGAACUGCCUUCCGCAAGAUCCGCUUUGGAGGAUUACGAAGAUGAGCUGGACAAGCAGAACCUAAUUAUAGAACAAACCCACAAGGCGAAGCGGAAAAGAGCGGCUAGAUUGCUGGAAAUAGAAGAGGAAAAGCUGGCCAUAGAGAGGGAAAAAUUGCAGACGAUGAAAUACUUAAAGCAAGAGUUAUCCUCUUUUCAUAAGGACAUGUUCAGGCUGCUCAGCCAAAACAACUAAUCUACAAUUGAAUAAUAAUAAUGUAAAAGUUAAACAAAACAAACAUAUGUUUGCUAAUCGAUAUUUGUAAUGUGACCAAUUAUCGUAUCGCAUGAUUGCUUGCCAGUAAUAUUAAAAAGAAAAACCAAACUA